AUGUCUUCUCCAGAAAAAGGAACCCGCCUUGCAACUGACUUACCUCUUCCUACCCAUGUCAGUCAAUCGCAUGGUACACUCGCCGACCUCCUCCCUUCUCAUUUCACGACCGACAUAACAGCCUGGCUCGCCGAAGACACCCCUUCAUUCGACUACGGAGGCUUCGUGGUUGGCUCGUCGCCACGAAUAGCCCGACUCCUCUGUAAAUCCACCGGCGUGCUCGCAGGAGUACCCUUCUUCAAUGAAGUCUUCCGCCAACUAGAAUGCGCCGUUGAAUGGCACUAUCCCGAAGGCACAUACCUCGACCCUAAGUCAUCUGGGGGGAAAAUCAACGUCGCCACCGUCAAAGGACCCACACGCAAACUACUGCUCGGGGAACGAGUGGCGUUGAACACUCUCGCCCGAUGCUCCGGCGUCGCUACGCGGAGUCGCAAGAUGCUCGAACUGGUGCGCGAGGCAGGAUACAAGGGCACCCUCGCUGGCACGAGAAAAACAACGCCGGGUUUCCGACUGGUUGAGAAGUAUGGCAUGCUCGUCGGCGGUAUUGACGGACAUCGACAUGAUCUCAGCAGCAUGAUCAUGCUGAAAGACAACCAUGUCUGGGCCAAAGGGAGUAUCACCAAUGCCGUCAAGGCAGCACGUGCCGUGGGCGGGUUUGCCCUGAAGAUCGAAGUCGAAGUCCAAACUGAAGCGGAAGCGGACGAGGCUAUCCAAGCCGGGGCCGAUGUUGUUAUGCUCGAUAAUUUUGACGGCGAAGGUCUCAAAGUCGCCGCCAGGAGCUUGAAGGACCGGUGGCGAGGGAAAAGGCAGGUGUUGCUGGAGAGUAGCGGUGGACUCACGGAGGCGAAUAUUCAGGAGUAUAUUAAUAACGAUAUUGAUAUAAUAUCCACCAGCGCCGUUCACCAGGGCGUUCCCCACGUGGAUUUCUCCUUGAAGAUUGACCACUAG